CGCCGACCGCUCCGCGGCGGCGGCGAGCGCGCUGGGCGUCCGGCGCGUGCCGGAGUGGCCGGCGAUCUGGCCGAGGAUACCGCCGAGGGACGCCUGCUCACAGAGCCAAGGUGUGACGCGACACCCGCCCGCGGCAAGCCCGCCUCGCCGCCACAACUCAGAGGGAGAGCCUGCCCCUCGGGGACCAGCCCACUCAGCUCCCUGCCCCCUCUGCGCGGCCGCUUCGCGGCGCCACUGCUGCCGCCACCGCGGCCCUCUCCGCCGGCGCCACCCUCGCUACCGGCAAUCACAUCCUCGCCUUCGCCGGCCUGCCCCUCGCGGCUGCUCCGCUCGGCUCCCUCGUUGCCGCCGCUCGAAGUGCUUCGCAUCGCACUCUCCACGUCGCCGCCGUCGCCGCCGAAGAGGCAUCCGCCGCCCCUUGGCUCGUGACUGUCUGGGCGUGGCACACUGUCGCCCGCCAUGCCGGCGGCUCCGUUGAGCUGCGCGUCACUGCUGACUCGGGCUUUCUUUUUGACCGCCUUCAUCUCAGCUGCGAUCUCGUGGCCGCCGGCGCCGUUGCCUGCCGGCACAGCGCCGCUGCCGCACGCUGCUGCACGCGGCGGGUGCGUGGUGCCGCCCCCUCCCGCGGGCGGCGGAGUGCGAUGCGGCGGCGCCAGGCCCGAAGGCGGCACCUCCUCGCCCCUCCGCGUCUCCUCCUGCGCCUGAGGCCGCCUCUCCACCUGCGGCCACCUCUCGGGCAGCCGCGCCCUCUCCU